UCGGUGACAGUGGACGGUGGCGAGCCUCUUUGGCUGUGUACCGUUGACGCUUUAUUUGCGACUAGAUUGGACUGCCGUGCUGCCGCUGUGCCAAACAUGGACCCGUGACAAGUUUGACUGGAUUGCCAUUUUCCCAUCUACUUGUGCUGACUUUGACCCGCACGCUAUUGAGAUUUAUGAGGCCUGAGGAGGAUAAUCGCACACCCCCAGUAGACAGCAUGGACACCAAAAGGCAUUCUGCUGAAAGGUGACCUCCAGACACUUCACCUCCCCGAAACAUUUGAAUAUGCCAGUACAUAACAAUGAGCUCAAACAGCACAGACCCUGGUCUCUUCCUGACUGCCAACACCUCCACCCCAGCAGCUGGAGCCUACCCACAAUCCAAUGCUCUCCACCAAGGAGGAGCUGGAGGAGCCCCCUGGGCGGCUUUUCAUGUGAAUACCCUGGAUGAUAAUUCCUCUUCCACCAGCAAACUCUUAAACCUCACCUCGGAGUCCCAAAAUGGGAAUGGAACUGCAACCCUUGAUCCCUUGGGUGGCCACCCUGUGUGGCAGGUUGUUCUCAUUGUCUUGCUGACAGGCAUGCUGUCACUGAUCACCGUCAUCGGCAACAUCUUGGUAGUGGUAUCCUUCAAAGUUAAUCGCCAGCUGAAGACGGUCAAUAACUACUUCCUGCUGAGCUUGGCUGUUGCUGACCUCAUCAUAGGGGUCAUCUCCAUGAACCUCUACACAGCUUAUCUUGUGAUGGGCUACUGGGCCAUGGGGAACUGGGCAUGCGACCUGUGGCUGGCUAUAGACUAUGUGGCCAGUAAUGCAUCAGUUAUGAACUUACUGGUCAUCAGCUUUGACCGCUACUUUUCAAUCACCAGGCCUUUGACAUACCGGGCCAAACGGACCACGAAGCGAGCUGGGAUCAUGAUCGGCCUUGCCUGGUUUGUUUCUCUUGUUCUGUGGGCCCCAGCCAUCCUCCUAUGGCAGUAUUUUGAGGGUGAGAGGACAGUACCCUCAACUCAAUGCUACAUUCAGUUCCUCUCAGAGCCCACCAUUACCUUCUGUACAGCAAUGGCAGCUUUCUACCUGCCUGUGACGAUAAUGAGUGUUCUCUACUGGCGCAUUUACAGGGAGACCCAGAAUCGUUCGAAAGAGUUAGCUGGGUUGCAGGGGUCGGGGGGUCGUGGUGGGAACGGAGGAAAAAGUGGGAAUGGUGGGGGCGAGAGAGCCCGUUUUGUCCAUCAGACAGGAAGUUCUAGAAGUUGCAGCAGCUACGAGCUGACCAGGUUGUCCCGGAGAAAGAGCAGAUGUCGGGAGUUGGUUGGCCGCUUCCACUGCUGGCCUGGGGUUCGUUCUUGGAGACCAGGUAGUAUCCGGCAGGGGGAGGGUGAUCCAGACCAGAGCAGCAGCGACAGCUGGAACAACAAUGAUGCUGCAGCCUCGUUGGACCACUCUGGGUCUUCAGAAGAUGAGGACUGUGGGGGCCGAGAGAUGAUUUCCCAGAGUCAUGCUAUUUUCUCCAUUGUUCUCAGCCUGCCUGGGAUAAAGGCUGCUGUCAACUCCCAACUCACCUCAUGUGAGGAUCUGGAUGCAGCCUCAGAGGAGGAUCCGCUCAGGGGAGCAGAGUAUAGCCAAGACAGCCUUUCAACACUCACCACCAACACUACUGCCACCACCACUCCUGAUGGAACAAAUAGUUCAGAAAAUAGCUACCACCAACGCUUCUGCUCACGCAAGAUUCAAUCAAUGCCUAGUAUCCAGGCUACCUCUAACCAAGGCUCACCGGAUGAUCCCCCAACAGCUACUACCACUGCCACCGACACUACUACCACCAGCACCACCACUAAAUCCCCCACUGUCCCAAUGUCCUUCAAAGACGCAGCUCUGGCUAAACGUUUUGCAGCCCGAGCUCGGACUCAGAUUACCAAGAGGAAGCGCAUGUCCUUAGUGAAGGAGAAGAAGGCAGCUCAAACUCUCAGUGCCAUCCUCUUUGCUUUCAUCAUCACAUGGACACCUUACAACAUCAUGGUGUUGAUCAAUGCCUUCUGUAAGGGUUGCAUCCCGGAGACCCUGUGGGCAGUAGGGUACUGGCUAUGCUAUGUCAACAGCACAGUCAACCCCAUGUGCUACGCCUUGUGUAACAAGACUUUCCGUACAACGUUUAAGAUGAUACUGCUGUGCCGCUGGGACCAGAAAAAAAGGAGGAAGCAGCAGUUCCAGCAAAGGCAGUCAGUGGUCUUCCACAGGAGGAUUCCCAGGGAGUCCACGUAAAGGACAGGAAGUUUGUAUGGUCAAUAACAGGGAAUCAAACGAUUUAAUAUAGGACAAGGAAAAAGGAAGAAGCAUCCAUGUAGUUGUUUCUGUGGAGUUUCUUUGCUUAGAGAUGUGUUUCUCUGCUGAUAUGUCAAGCACAGCAAUCCUAUGUGGUGGUCUUGAGGUAUGUGUUUGUGUUGGUGCAUCCAUUUAGCAAAGCUCUAUGUAUGCGUAAAGGGUUGUAUUCGGUGAAGUCCAGAGAUGAAAGCUUUCCCUCUGUCCUUGAAGAACUGUUUACCAUUUUACGCUAGUACAGCUGAGAGAACAUGAACAGAGUGGAAAAUAUUAGAAAAGGGCUUUAAAAUGCAUUGCAGGUGAAUUAUUGAAGUGCAAUUGUCACAAGGGGAAAGGACAUCUUUGUCAUAGGGUUGGGGAUUCACAUUUCUUAUAAUUUUUCUCUGUGGCUAGCUAGAUCUGUAAUGUGCAGAGUGGUUUUGCAUUUCAAACAAAACUAUGUAUCUGUAAUACAUCACUGAAAGCCAAGACAAAAACUAUUUUAUGUUCACAGGCUUCUGCAUUGUACUGAUUUGACCUGCCAUCGUCUUGACUGGCAUGUUUUUAUCAGAACGUCUGUACAUUUCCUUUCUACAUGGAUAUAGCUUUUCUGUGUCUGAUGGAAUAUAAAAAGUUAUUAAAUUGUGUCCUUACUUUCAGUCAACAGAGAUCUGUUAUUUUUGUGAUAUUCAUCUUUGGUUUUCUAGAUAUUCCUGAGAUUUUGAGCCAGUCUGAAAAUGAUUCUUCUGAUGAACUGAGUUGUAAAUAUUCUCUGUGGCACCACAGUCAGUGAACUGCUGUUGUGUUCAAUGUGAUUGUUGUGGUUUUUAUGGUGGAGACAAUAAGUACACUGGUUGUGUUUUAUGUACUUGCAGUUCUCUGUCAAGAGUAAUGAUUAUACAAUGAUGAUAUUCUGUUUGUGUACAUUUGGAUAUUUCUGACUUGAUAAAAAAUGAUUGAUUGCAAACACAAAGAUGUCCAUUUAUAAAGAUAUGUGUUUUGAUUUUACACUAUCUCUAGCUCUUUGUAAAAGGCCACUUUGAUAUAGUAGAGCAAUGGCAGCCUCUAGUGGCUUGAGGAAGUACUGUUGUCCAGGCUGUGUCACUGUCAGACCAGGUUCUACAGUGCAGUAUUAAAAUCUCAUUCAUUCAUUCAGCCUUUAUUUAAAUCUAAAAAAAAAAUGAUUGAAUCGUCAUUUUCAGUGAGGUCAAGAGUAGAAUAGACUAAAUACAUACAAAACAAAACUGCCAAUAUGAAGACUACAAAUUGCCACAAUUUUUGAAGCUACAAUAUUUUAACUUUCUGUCAUAACAGACAGAAUUUUUUUGUUUAAUUUUACAUUAUUUAUGUGUGAAGAUUUUCUUCAUUAAAAUUAUUGAUAAGACAUACAGCAAUUGAUUUGUAAAUAGAAUUAAUAGCUGUCCUUGUCUACGUUACAUCAGGUUUUUCUUUACAAAAAGUGGGUGAACACCACAUACCAACAUAUGUCAGCAUAAAGAUCAACCAAGGCAAGAAUUUAUUUUAUUUUUUAUUUGUAAUGCACAUUAUAUUAUUCUUAAGUGGUUGGUUUUUACAUUGUUGCUGCACCAAAAUCUUGAAUAUUGUGCAAAAUGUAUUGAAGGUAAAUGAUAAACUGUAUUUUUACAACUGGCAUCCUGAAGAAUGAGUAGAUUUGAUUGUGUUGGAUGCAGUGGGCAUACAUAAUAGUAUGACUUAUGUGCUGUAUGCAAAAGAAAUGUUAAAAAAUAUCCCAUGCCUGUCAUCAGUGGAUAUUUUGUCUGCUUUCAACAUAACGUGCUCCAGUGACAUAACACAUUCUUCAUCAAAAUAUGAGAUUUUUGUACUUAAAUAUUGGGAAUGUAAACUACCAAAAUGGUAAACACAAACAUUUUGUUACAUUACAAGUAUGCCAAUCAUACUCAUAUUUUAAGUCAAUAAAAAACAAAAAUCUUUUUGACAGAAAUUAUCAUUUUUUGUGUCACAA